GGCGAGGGGACACACUGACUGUUAUAAUAACACCACACCAGCAGCUCCUGGCUCCCCAACAGCCGGGUCCCAGGCAGGAGAGAAUCAGUGGCAGAGAGUCAUUUUUCUUCCUUAAAGAAGCCAACAACUUGCUUGCUAGUUUUAUUGCUGUUAAGAUUUUUUUUUCCUUUUGGCGUGUGUGGUGGUGCUGGUGGUGGUGGUCUUUUUCUAAGUGUGGAGGGCCAAAGGAGAUACCGAGCCAGGCUCAGCCAGACCCCUCUCCAAAAACGGCUUCUCUGGCACUCCAGCUGCCUGACAGCCUCUACCCUGUGGAAGACCUCGCCGCCUCGUCGGUGACCAUCUUCCCCAAUGGUGAACUGGGAGGCCCCUUCGACCAGAUGAACGGAGUGGCCGGAGAUGGCAUGAUCAACAUUGACAUGACUGGAGAGAAGAGGCCCUUGGAUCUCCCAUAUCCUAGUAGCUUUGCUCCCAUCUCUGCGCCUAGAAACCAGACCUUUACGUACAUGGGCAAAUUCUCCAUCGACCCCCAAUACCCUGGUGCCAGCUGCUACCCAGAAGGCAUCAUCAAUAUUGUGAGUGCCGGCAUCUUGCAAGGGGUCACCCCUCCAGCGUCAACCACAGCCUCGUCCAGCGUCUCCUCUGCUCCCCCACUGGCCACAGGACCCCUGGGCGUGUGUACCAUGUCCCAGACCCAGCCUGAACUGGACCACCUCUACUCUCCACCACCUCCUCCUCCUCCUCCUUAUUCGGGCUGUGCUGGAGAUCUCUACCAGGACCCUUCAGCGUUCCUGUCACCACCCACCACGUCCACCUCCUCUCUGGCCUACCAGCCACCCCCUUCUUACCCAUCCCCCAAGCCAGCCAUGGACCCAGGUCUCAUUCCUAUGAUUCCAGACUAUCCUGGAUUUUUCCCAUCUCCGUGCCAGAGAGAUCCGCAUGGCUCCGCUGGCCCCGAUCGAAAGCCGUUUCCCUGCCCUCUGGACUCCCUGCGGGUCCCCCCUCCGCUCACACCACUGUCUACCAUCCGUAAUUUUACUCUGGGGGGCCCCGGUGCUGGGGUCACGGGACCAGGGGCAGGUGGAGGCAGUGAGGGACCCCGACUGCCCGGCAGUGGCUCGGCAGCAGUGACUGCUACCCCCUACAACCCGCACCACCUGCCCCUGCGGCCCAUCCUGCGGCCCCGGAAGUACCCUAACAGGCCCAGCAAAACGCCAGUGCACGAGAGGCCCUACCCGUGCCCGGCAGAGGGUUGUGACAGGAGGUUCUCACGGUCGGACGAGCUGACCCGGCACAUCCGAAUCCACACGGGCCACAAACCCUUCCAGUGUCGCAUCUGCAUGCGAAACUUCAGCCGAAGCGACCACCUCACCACUCACAUCCGCACCCACACCGGGGAGAAGCCCUUUGCCUGUGACUAUUGCGGCCGCAAGUUUGCCAGGAGUGACGAAAGGAAGCGCCACACCAAGAUCCACCUUCGACAGAAGGAGCGGAAGAGCAGCGCCCCGUCUUCGUCUGUGUCUGCGCAGUCUUCAGCCUCCGGCCCUCCCGGGGGCUCACAGGCCAGCCUGUGCGGGAACAGCACCCUCGGAGGACCACUGGCCUCCUGCACCUCUCGGACCAGGACACCAUGAGACGAAGCUCCACGCCGGUUUCUCCACGCCCCACAGGCCCUCCGUCCACUCGAGCUGUACAACACUACCACCCUUCCCUGUUCCUCCCCGUCAUCUCGUGAUAGUGGACGAGGACCUCGACGGAGCCCAGCCCUGCCCCACCUUCUCCCCCCAAAAAAACGCCUGCCCAAAAACUUAGGCUAUUUAACUUCCUUAGGGGAGUUGACUACUCCAAGCAAUGGGGAGCCAGAGGAGGGCUGGGUGAGCGCCUCUGGCCAAGAGGGCUGUGGUCUGACCCUGCCCCAGAGAUGUCUGAUGAGGUUUUGCUAGGCCUUCCCUUUAUUUUGACCCUGGAUGCCAGGCUUGUUCUGAGACCUUCUCUACUAGGUUGGGAGCUGCUGGUUCCUUGGAGUGAGGACAGCGAAAAAGACUAAGCAAAACUGCCACUGCACUUUAUGGCUUGGGGCCGACUGGGGGGCUUGGGGGGGAGUUGUACAGCGAGCAGAGCCUGGUCUGAGCUGCGGGCAUUCUGUGACCCUAGAGCAGCGAAUUGAAGUGUAUCUGGCCGUCUCAACCGUUAAGCAAUAUGUACUAAAAACUCAGAGAACAGAAGUGCAAUGAUAGGAGGGACAAAGCAAUAUUGCUCCUUUUUUUUGGUUGUUGUUGAGAAACGAAGAUUAUUUUUCCAGUGUAUAUCCAUUCAGAUUUUGUGUAUUUUUGAUGUGCACUGUUCUCCAAGUUCUGAACCUUCGGGAAAAAAAAAAUGUAAAGCAUUUAUGGUCUCUUGAAAUGAGUCAAAGGUUAACUUAUUUAAAGGGGGAUGUACAUAGGAUGCAUGCAGUCGUGUCGUGUCCUCCGUGCCUGGUGUGGUGUGGGCAGUGUUACAGGGUCUGCAUGUAGACAGGAUGCCUUACUACGGAAAAAAAACAAAUCACUCCCUGGGGUUAAGUAUGGCUGUAUAUUUCUGCCUAUUAAUAUUUGGAAUUUUUUUAGAAAGUAUAUUUUUGUAUGCUCUGUUUUGUGACUUAAAGUGUUACCUUUGUAGUCAAGUUUCAGAAGAGAAUGUGCAUAAUGUCACUGCAGCUGAUUUGUUUGGUUAUUAGCUCUUAAUAGUUGUGGAAAAAAAUAAACAAUCUAUUCUAACAUAAAACCACUAACUGGAGUUCAGAUAACGGAUGGUUUAUGACUAUGGUGUAAAUAAAUACUUUCAACAAUA